AAGCCUUGUGUUGACGUUAGGUAAGCUCUCUGUUAUGUAGCCACGCUAGCUGAGCUAGCCUUCGGUGUGGAGCAGGAGUGUGUCGGUGCUGCUGCUGUGUCCAUGGUCUCCGCCUCCAGGCUCCGUCUGAUUUGGCGUCAUUUUGUCAACAGUGGGAUGGGAGAGAUGGGCUCUAAAGCUCAAAUGCCGACUCAAGCGACAGCACUUCCCGGCCGGACCGAAGCCCUCAAAGUUUCCGCCAAACACCACGUGAGUGGGAACAGGAUUGUUCCACCUUUCCCAGAAGGGACAGAGAUGGCUGUAUUUGGCAUGGGCUGCUUCUGGGGAGCGGAGAGGAAGUUCUGGAGACAAAAUGGGGUUUAUUCCACCCAAGUGGGCUAUGCAGGAGGAUACACAGCUAACCCCACCUACAAGGAAGUCUGUACAGGUAUGACCGGCCACUCCGAGGUAGUGAGAGUCGUCUUCCAUCCGGAGCAGAUCAGCUUUGCCAGCCUGCUCAAAGUUUUCUGGGAAAGCCACAACCCGACUCAAGGGAUGCGACAGGGGAACGACAUGGGGACGGCAUACCGCUCCGUCAUCUACGCCGACACAAAGCGGCAACUGGAGGAAGCUCUGGCCUCCAAAGAUCAAUACCAGAAGGUGCUGACCGAGGAAGGUUUCGGUGCGAUCACAACAGAAAUAGCCGACGGCAAGCCUUUCUACUACGCCGAGGACUACCACCAGCAGUACCUGAGCAAAAACCCCGAUGGGUACUGCGGUCUGGGGGGGACCGGAGUCUCCUGUCCAAUAGGAAUCAAAGCCAAGGCCUAGAUCGCCAAGAGCUAUUGCGGUCUAUAAGAACGCAACAAUGGGGUAAUUAAAGAUUCAAGGUGCUUCCAGAAUCAAAAAGCGUUGUGUUUGAAACAAAUCCAUCUCCCUCUCUAUGAAAACCAAAAAAAGCUGGAGCUCAGUUUGUGCUGAAGAUUAAGUGAGCAGAUUGCCGCCUAAUGUAACCCAGGGACACGCAACAAAAACUGCAGCGUGGACCCCCAUAAGGGUCGCCUGUCUUCUCAGCACUUUGCGAUUUGAGAACUUACCAGUGCCUAAAGCGAUACGCCAAUGGCGUGCAUCUUUGCUGGUCACUUUAGUGCAAGCAGUACGCACAAGUUCACGCCCCAACACACGCAGUGCAAUUCCCUGCGUUAGAUGUUUAAAAUGGAUGUAAUCCACUGAACACCAGGGAAAAUAAGAUUGUCAAACUGCAAGAAAAUUGGUAAUCCUGGACCAAUAAACACCAUGAAAAUUAAUUUGCCACACUUACAGAACAUUUAGGCGUUUGAUGUGACGCUCAUUUAUUAGUUUGUCCAUUUAUUACAAAAAGCGUCAUUUGACGACCCCAGUCCUGCACAGCCUGUUCCUCAAAUGCAAUCAGGAAUCUAAUAUCAUGUUUGUGUCCACUAUUUACUUUUUUGCAAAGAUAAAUUAAAAAUUGAAUAAUCUGUUUUCAUGAUUACAAUAAUUUAACUUUAACAUUGAAGGUAUUAGUUAACUUUUGCAGAGAAAUAAAAU